AAAACAGCAGCGUGUUAUACCGUGUGUGUGUGUGUGCGUGCGUGUGUGUGUGUGUGUGUGUUCGCUUGUCUGUGUAUGUGCUAAGGAUAACAAACACCGACGUCGUACGUACGUAUUUGUUUGGUUGUCGUUGUUUGUUUACAACUCUGUGUGUUGUUUGUGUUUCGUAGUGUGACACAACAACGCUUUAGUAGUCGUAUUUUCUGCGAACGCACAUCACACUCGUCCAAACGUGAUACCGGCCGGUGGUGAUUAGCGCAGUACAACGGUAAAAUGCCCUAAGCUGCAUCGUCGGCUUAGAGCAGCCAGUAAGGUUUCUGAUUGACGACCAUUGGCUAUAGCGAUUUGAUAUCGUGUGCAAUUCACGGGUUAGCGAUUUGGUCGGUUAGUGUUUAAGCGUCUGGAACGUGUGCGAAAUUUUUUGCUAACCAUGGCGGCCAUUAACAGUGGCAGUAACAACAGCAACAGUAAUAAUAGUGCUGGCGGUAGCAACAUGUACCGUGUAGGAGAUUAUGUGUAUUUUGAGGCUCAACAACAACAACAACAACAACAGCAGCAGCCACAGCAGUCUAUACAUCAGCAGCAGCAGCAGCAGCAGCAGCAGCAGCAGCAACCAUUCCAAAUACGUAGAAUCGAGGAGCUUAACAAGACUGCAAGUGGUAAUGUUGAAGCUAAAGUUAUGUGUUUCUAUAGAAGACGAGACUUGCCGGCACAACUUGUUGCCCUAGCAGAUAAACACCAGCAACAUCAACAACAGCAACAGCUGUCUUUAACAUUAUCAUUAUCCCCUAGUGGAAGUAGCACUAUUAAAAGCGGCGCAAAGCAAACGGCUGCAAUUAAAGCUACUGAUAAAGAUGUAACUGUAGAUAAAAAAGAACAAGAUAUUGGUGCUAGUGGGACUCCAGCAACUAUGAAAAAAGAACUACGAACAGAAGAAGAACAAACAGGUAGUAAAGCAGAAUCAUCUGAAGUAACUGAAACAGUAAAAGAAGAACACCAACAACAGGAUGUUGAAAUGGCAGAAGUAGCUGAAACUGAUAUUUCUGCAUCUAAUGUGGUUAAAAAUGACGCACAAGGAGAUGAAGAUGGCAAUGAUAAAAAUGAUAAAUCUCCAGAUACUGGCAAUGAAGAUGACAAGACAACGCAGGUACAACAACAACAUGAUUGGUGGCGUGGUGAACAACUUAAACAACGGGAAUUAUUCCUUAGCAGACAAGUGGAAACAUUAGCAGCAACACACAUACGUGGAAAGUGCACGGUCACAUUAUAUAAUGAAACUGAAUCAUUAGAUAGUUACCUGGAAAGAGAGGAUACGUUCUUCUAUUGUUUGGUAUUCGACCCCGUUCAGAAAACACUAUUAGCUGAUAAAGGUGAAAUACGUGUUGGUCAUAAAUAUCAGGCUGAGGUGCCCCCAAAAGCGCUAUAUAGCCAAGGGAAUAUUGUUAGCGAUUUAAAGACAAAGGAUAUAACAACUACAAUUAAAGGAGAUAUAGUUAAAGAAGAACAUAACAUUGACGGUGUUGAAGACGAGCCAAUGAUAACAGAAUGUAAUCGAGAUGAAGAUGAAAAAGAAGUUGAUUCAAAGUCAUCUACUGCAAUAGCAACAGUAACUACCAUAGGAACAGUAACAGCAGUGGAAAGUGAUUCUGAUCUUGAAACUUUGAUUUGGACAUGCAGACCACAAUGGAAUCGUUUAACUGAUAGACAAAUUGAUCAAUUCUUGGUAGUUUCUCGAUCAUUAGGCACAUUUGCACGUGCCUUAGACUGUACCAGCUCAGUGAAACAACCUUCGUUACAUAUGUCAGCUGCUGCAGCAUCGCGAGAUAUCACCUUGUUUCAUGCCAUGGAUACCCUGCACAGACAUGGUUAUGAUUUAGGUACCGCAACUUGUUCCUUGGUACCUAGUACAGGGCCUGUAUUAUGCCGUGAUGAAAUGGAAGAAUGGUCUGCAUCAGAAGCAAAUUUGUUUGAGGAAGCCUUAGAAAAAUAUGGAAAAGACUUUGGCGAUAUACGUCACGAUUUUCUUCCAUGGAAGACACACAAAAAUAUUGUCGAAUACUAUUACAUGUGGAAGACCACUGAUAGAUAUGUACAGCAAAAACGAGUAAAAGCAGUGGAGCAGGAAUCCAAAUUGAAACAAGUCUAUAUACCUUCUUAUAAUGGAACAACAAGUAGUGGAAAACAUCAAGCUAUUACAUCAGCUGUGACAGUAAAAUCCUCACAGCAGCAAUUAGUUAAUGGUAAUUCAGGAGCUGUGGAAUUGUUUUCACCAAAGAAUGGUAGUGGAUCGUCUGCAGUGGGAGAUGGCCCAUUACUGCCUGGAAUGUGCGAUUUGUGUGAUGUUGUUGCUUCCCAACAAUGGUAUCCUAACACUAUAGCAACACCGUCUGGAGCUGCAGUAUCUUAUCAUCAGCAAAAUGGAGGAUUAUCUUCAAUGGUGUCGUCGACUUUAUGUCAUGAAUGUUGGACUCAUUGGAAAAAAUAUGGAGGUCCUAGAAUUGCCACAUCAGAUAAAAAAGUUAUUUCAGCAGGAAGAGGAGGAAGUAUAUCUGGAGAUGAAGAUCGCCCGCAUUCAAAUGCUUCAUCCAGUUCAGCAGCAGCAGCAAUGAACUUGAAUAUAUCUGCUAGUGGUGGUAGGUCUUCAUCACAUGCGCUAACUGUAUCUGCUCCUCCGCAUCAUCAUCACCACUUAAUGCAUCUUAACAGUAGUGGAAGUGGUCACCAUAGUAGCUACCAUCAACCACAGCAUCAUCACCAUCAACAGCUCCACCAUCAACAACAAUCAGCGACAACUUCACCUGGAGGUGGCAGUCUAUUACUACAUCAGCCGCAUAUUAAUUCAUCCGGAUCAUCAACAACAGUUCAUAGAUGUACUAUAAUUGGUUGCCAAGCAGCUCCAUUUAAAAGUAAAUCUCAACUGUUACGUCAUUAUAGUACUGCACAUGGAAUUGGGAUAAAUGCUAACAGUAGUAGUAGUCCUUCUAUUAUCAACUCAACUGGGGGUGGAAGUAGAUCUUCAGUUAAUUCUGCUAUUGAUGGCGGUAGUGGUACAUUAUCACCACAACCUCAACAGCAACAAACAAAUACCGGUUCAGGUCUUCUACACCACAGUUCUGGAGGGCCUUUAAAUUUAAACAAUAGCAGCAGUUCGAUUCAAAAUUCUAAUGCUGUUAGUAAUUCCGCUAACCAAAUAAUUAAUCUUGUGGCAUCGUCAUCUUCGCCGCAACAACAGCCCAAUAACCUUUCUACAAGUGGCAUAGCCGCUAACAACAUUGUUGGUGCUGGAGGAGCUAUGACAGCCACCGGACGGCCAGUUAUGAAGACAAGGACUGCAUUUUAUUUGAGAUGUACAUCAUUAGCAAAGGCAAGCAGGCGCCGAGCUGCGCAACAAGCAACCGCUGCUCUAUCACAGCUCCAUCAGAAAAAGUCUUCAUCCAAUACAUCUUCCACAGCAAUGAUAUUAUCUCCAACAGCUUCAGCAACAAUACAACCAGGAUGUUUAGCUCGUCCUAGAAAUGUGGCUCGUAGGCCGUUCAUUUGUGUUCCACAAGCAGCACAUACAUAUAAAAAUGAAUGUAUGUUAUCAAUGCAGCAUGCUCCAGUCCAAGAAUUAAAAGCAUAUUUAAGAGCUGCUGCCAUAAAAUCACAUGCUCGUCGACCAGGAGUGACUCGAGUAGCCAAUGCAUUAAUUGCAGCCAGGAGGGGUCGUGGUGGGAUCAGUACUGCAACUGCUGCCGAUUUAGCUGUGCCAGACUGGCUAUCACUGCCAUCUCAGCAGCAUCAACAUCAGUCAUCGCAUCACCAUAUUUCUUCAUCUUCAAAACAUGGCAAACAUUCAUCAAGAACGUCCUCAGGAAGUCGCGUCGCUUUUCCAAAACCACCAAAAGCUCCAGAUGGUAGUUUGUUGUAUGAACGGGUGCCAAAUAAACAAGAAGCAGCAGCAGCGGCGGCAGCAGCUGCUGCUGCAUUAAACAAUCCAAGUGCUGCUGUAGCGGCCGCAGCAGCUGCAGCAGCUGUUGGACUGAACCCUGCGGCAGCGGCUGCAAUACUAGGAGCCUUAGGACCUCCAGGAUCAGUUAAUAGUAGUAAUACUGCAGGCUCGGGGUCAUCAAAUGAUCCAUCGACGGGGUUUGACGUCGCUGCUGCUGCUGCUGCAAUUUAUCAACAACAACAGCAUCAACAACAACAACUACAAGGCUCUUCGUCCAAUAAUAAGAGAAGGUUAUAUGAAACAGAUAGUGCUGUACAACAACCGCAACCACAGGCUGGACCACCGUCUAAACGUAUGCAUCGACAGCAUCAUUCACAGCAACAACAAUCGGCCACUAGUCACCACCACCAUAAUCAGCAUCAAAAUUCAAAUACAUCGUCAUUACAAGGAGGUAGUGCAGCUGGAGGAGGUGCUGUGGAUGGUAUGCUGGCAUCAAUUGUGGCACACCAACAGCAACAGCAACAACAAAGAGGUGGUUCAACAAGUGGAGGUCCUUUACAGUUGACUGCCACUGGUGGUAAAUCGGGUAGCUCAACUGGACAUCAACAGUCACAACAACAGCAUAAUCAUUAUAGGACACCGUCGAUGGCCCGAACUGGUAGAAAACAUGUGAUAUCAUGGACUGAUGCUCCGGAUGACCUAUACUAUAGAUGCACCGCCUUAUCCAGAUCGCUAAGGAAAUCUAGAAUGACGGGUAGAGAAUUAAGGCGGUCGGCACGUAAGCCAUGGCAACCAAUCGCUGCACUUCUUGGAAUAUCAUUUACAAUGCCAUCAACUCCUGCUACAUCUUCGUCGUCUGCACCUUCAGGAACAGCAGCUACAGCAAGCUCACAAAAUCCACAAGCUGGUAGUGCCACUCCAUCAAUAGGUGGGGGAACACCAUUUGACAUGUCUACUACUGGUAAUAGCAGUGGUAGUGGCAGUAGACAACCAUCAGCAGGAUCAAAUCAGUCUCCAGCUGCAAUUGCAGUAUCACUAUGUGCUAGUGGAACGCCUACUAUGUCUUCUUCGCGUAGUAGUAGUCAUCAUUAACCAAAUAUUGUGAUGUUAUGCAAAACACAAGAUAUAUAGGACAAAAUUGGCGGCAAAUACCACCACUAAAUAAUUCAUUAGAUUUUCAAUUUUUUUGUCAUUAAUAUAUUAUUUUAUUUUUAUA